GCGCAAGCACACAUCUGCAUUGACUCCCGAGCUCCGUCUGCGCCUGCAAAAUGAUAUAUAGGCGGUGCACAGGCCGCGCGGACGGGCGACGAGUAGAAAGAAAGGCCACAGACCGAUUAGCCGAGAGGAGGAGAGGGGCCCGUCGACGUGGUGCCGUGGUGGUCUGGUCAGCCGCGCGCGUACAUGGCGGGGCUGCAGCGGUCGAGCGAGACGUUCCGGCGGUCGGGGUCUUCGGGGACGGUGUGGGAGGACAAGUGCCAGUCGGCGUCGGGCGAGCUCGCCAAGUCUGCCCGGGCGAAGGAGGCGCCGGCCGCGCGGCAGCAGCGGAGCGGCUCGAGCCGGCACGGCGGGUACAGGGCGAGGCACGUGCAGCCGGCGCUGGACCCGCCGUCCCCGCGCGUCGCCGCCUGUGGCUUCUGCAGCCUCUUCGGCAAGGACAAGCAGCCGUCCCACGGCGGCAAAGCCAAGGGCCGGCGCCGCUGACGAGCUCGUUGGCCCGGCUGGCGUGCACGGUUACACAUGCUGCACUCUUAUUAGCUUCUUGCUAGCAGCUUUCGAUUUUCGGCGAAAGUUAAAGCAGCUUUGGAUCGAGUCGUGAGUCUUAACUGCAAUUUAGAAAAGCAUGCAUGAUCAGAGCACAUGAUACUGAAUUUCUUGUGUUUGUGUUGGUACAAAAUGGGUCGCAUCGUGCAGUGCUAUUUCCUUGGUCGAUGUCUUCUCUUGGGACUUAGUGUAGUGAGUUGCAUGUUUGGACUCGAUUGCAGCCUUAUAGGUAAUCAAUCAAU